CUCGGCGCGCGUGCCCGGGCGGGCUCCUUCCCUCCGUCCGUCCGUCGGUCCGUCCCGACCCCCUGUGCCGGCCGCACCGCCUGGAGACCUCGGCGCGGGUGAGCCCUGUUCCCAAAGGCAGUUGGCUGUUGAACAGCUGGAAAUAGCUGGGUGGACGCCAUGUCUCUGAAGAUCCAGACGAGCAAUGUAACCAAUAAGAAUGACCCCAAGUCCAUCAACUCUCGGGUCUUCAUUGGAAACCUAAACACGGCUUUGGUGAAGAAAGCAGAUGUGGAGACUAUCUUCUCCAAGUACGGCCGUGUGGCUGGCUGUUCUGUGCACAAAGGCUAUGCCUUUGUCCAGUAUGCCAACGAGCGUCAUGCCCGGGCAGCAGUGCUAGGAGAAAACGGAAGGGUGCUGGCCGGGCAAACCCUGGACAUCAACAUGGCUGGAGAGCCCAAGCCCAACAGACCCAAGGGGCUGAAGAGAGCAGCAUCUGCCAUAUACAGUGGCUACAGCCAUGGCUAUGAUUACUACAACUUCUACAACAGGCUCUUCGAUUACCGUGGUCGUCUGUCACCAGUGCCAGUGCCCAGAGCAGUCCCUGUGAAGCGACCUCGGGUUACAGUCCCUUUGGUCCGUCGUGUCAAAAGUACCAUACCUGUCAAGCUCUUUGCCCGCUCUACAGCCAUUACUUCUGGCUCAACCAAGAUCAAGUUAAAGAGCAGUGAGUUGCAAGCCAUCAAGACAGAACUGACACAGAUCAAGUCCAACAUUGAUGCCUUGUUGGGUCGCUUGGAGCAGAUUGCUGAGGAGCAAAAGGCCAACCCAGAUGGCAAAAAGAAGGGUGACAGCAGCGGUGGUGGCAGCAGCAGCGGAAGUGGCGGUGGCACUGGUGGUGGUGGCGGCGGCGGUGGCAGUGGUGGCAGUGGCGGAAGCAGCGGUGGCGGCGGCGGUGGCAGCGGCGGUGGUGGCAGCAGUGGAAGCGGCGGUGGUGGUGGUAGUGGCAGUGGAGGUGGCAGUAGCCGGCCACCCGCCCCCCAAGAGGACACAACUUCUGAGGCAGGCACACCCCAGGGAGAAGUCCAGACUCGAGAUGACGGUGAUGAGGAGGGGCUGCUAACGCAUAGCGAGGAAGAACUGGAGCACAGCCAGGACACAGAUGCAGAGGAUGGGGCCUUGCAAUAAGCAGCUUGACAGAAGCAGUGGCCUCCAGCAGAAGGGCAUCGCUGUCUCGGGCCUCAAGUCAGAUGCCCAUCCUUGGAUGCCAGUCUGUAGCGGGUACCAGAGGAAAGCUGGCAUCAGGCACUCCUCCCCCUAAUACAUCCCAGCCAGUGCUGCAUCCUCUGCAGGUGGAUCUCAGCGUACCCUUACCCUGCACUCUCCCUGUGUGCACUGCCCAGGCUAGGAGGCGGGGCACAGGGGCGUUCCCCAUGCUCCGCCUCUCCUCCCCAGGAUGUGGGCUGGCUUGGAGGUUUUCUGUAGGUUUGGAGGGGAUGGGGGUCGGCACUAGGAAGGAACUUGACAAUAAAGAGGUUGGAUCCAAACGUG